CAGAGAAGGUAACAAUGUUUGGGGUAACAUACGCAGUACAUACAAGGGAAGCAUCCGUAAUGGGAACGAACCGUGCACUGGGAUUACUCUGUACAUUUGUGAGGAAUGGAAUCGAUCUCCCGCGACCCCCGGUGAAGAGACGAGGCCUGGAUUUAGAGACAGGACAGGGCAGGACAGGACAGGGCAGGGCGAAGAUGGGAUGGGAUGAGAUGGUUCCGCUUUGGCUGUGGGGUCUGAUCGACUGCGGCUCAAACCUAGGACAACAACCCAUCAAUCAGCAUCUAUCAGCCACCACCACCACCGUCACCAUCACCAACCAUCGCCAUUGGCAGUCUAGCAGAGCGUGGAGUCGAAGGGCGUGGAUGCAACCGCUAAAGGUCUCCGCCAACCAAAGACGACGGGGUCCAGCCCACCCAAGCUCCCCGUAUGCCUACUGCAUUCUGGUGCGCCCGUCGGGGCUGCGCUAA